AUGGAAACUCUUAUCGAGAAAGUAAGGCAAGAAGCUGCGCAAGUUGACGAGGCAGGAAGGAAGAAGCUGCUGAAUCAGCUACGGGACCUUCAGUAUGAGGUUGAGAAGCCGGAGGAUACUAUGCAGAGAAUAAUUCACCUACAUCUCGUUCUCGCCACGAUCCGCAUGGCCCUAGAUCUCGACAUCUUCUCCCUCCUCACCUCCGUGGCACACCCCCUGACACUUGCACAGCUGUGCGAAAGCACGAAAACUGAUGAUAUCCUUCUUGGCCGCGUUCUACGACUCCUCUCAUCCUUGGGCUACAUCAAAGAGACAUUAGCGAACACCUUCGCAGCGACACCUCUCUGCCACACUUUGUCUGUGCCUGAAAUCCGCGCUGGCGUCUAUCGCAACUACGAUGUCUUCGGCCCAGUAUACCAGGAGCUCCCGUUCUUCCUUAAGAGGAACGGAUACCAGAACGUGACGAGCCUCACCGACGGUAUAUUCCAAGCAGCUUGGAAAACCAAGGAUCCAUUGUUCACCUGGCUACACAAGCAUCCGCGAGAAACCGUAAACUUCAACCUCUUUAUGAAAGCUCAGCGGUCAUCGACCCCGAAUUGUUUUGAGUUCUACCCCAUCGAGGAGGAAUGCAGGGACUGGCCUGCUGAUCGCGCGGUUUUCGUCGAUGUCGGUGGUGGCGCAGGACACCAGUGCAACAAUUUCCGGUCCAAAUUCCCGCAGCUCCCUGGAAAGGUCCACGAUUUCGUUACCCCUCAGCCAGUCGAAGGUGCUAAAUACUAUUACCUUCGGGCAAUCCUCCAUGACCACUCCGAGGAAUCGGUGAAGAUCUUGAAGAAUCUGGUGCCGGUCAUGGGACCCGAGAGCGUUAUCCUGCUGGAUGAGAUGGCCCUGCCAAAUGAAAACAUUGAUUGGUUUGCGACGCAGACGGAUAUCACAAUGAUGUGUGGCUUUGGAAGUAUGGAAAGGACCGUUGAACAGUGGGGGAACUUGCUGAAGAGGGUAGGGCUGAGGAUUGAGAAAUUGGUGACGUAUACUUGGAGCUUCCGGUUGAGCAUAAUCAAGGUUGUAAAGAAGUGAAAGCUAGCGGGAGUUGUGGGGCGGGAAGGUUCAAGAAAACGGCAAAAGACAGAAGAAAACUUCCGACUCGCCCUCCCCCCAGAUGCGGGUUCAAAGUGAUGCUUGAUGAUGACAACCUAUCAGCUCUGAUUGAGAUAAGACUGGAUAUCAAUUUGUGAACGUCAGGCUGUGUGGAGCCUGUCACGAGGCACUUCGGAGUCCGAAUGGGGUCGCAGCUCACCAAAGUUCAAGGUGCGGAAAUCUGCCCACGAUCGAACGCGUUUUGUGGAGAGUCUGGCUCUCCUUCGUCAGCGCCAUGGAGCGCCACAAUUGCCAGCUUUGGGAGGGAAACCUUCCGAAGCGAAGCGAGUUAAUCUCCUUUUUGAUUUUGGGAAACUAGAUGCAGGAGUUCAG